AUGAACGGAAAUGAUAACGAAGGCCAGAACCCUAGUCGACCACAGUCGGCGACUCCUCGAUCCUCGUCUCCUCGAGACCUUGACGCUUCGACUUCGCCGCCAGCCCGCCGCCUACCUUGGCCUUGGCCAAGCGCCUCGUCUACCACCAGCUUCAGACUCCAGCAAAUCGGCAUCGAUGGCGCCUACGACAACACGACACCGAGGACUAACGACGGAGGAAUCGCCGCCGUCGCCACCGUCAACCCGCCGCCGAUUGAUGGAACCACCCCCGCCGCCGACAUCCGUGGCUCCAACAACCCGGCGGACAGCCGAAUCUCCAGCAGCACCGUUCAGUGCGAGUGGCUGGCUUUCGACAGGCUCACGUCAUAUGAACGCAAAAGGAGGAGGUCAUGGAAAUGGAGAUGGAGGUGCCUGCUGAUGAUAAUGACAUGCCUGCUGUUCAUCUGUAGCAAGCUAGAUGUCUAAAGCUUCAGAUGGCCAAAUUUGCACUAUUUUGUUUCUUUGUCAAAUGCGUCAAACUUUGAUAUGUCAUAUGUGCAUGUGUGUGUAGCAGCAGCAGCACUGCACUAGCACUACUAUGUCACUUUUGAACCCUGUCGUGUGUUUUGUUUAAUGGCUAAGGUUGAACUUGACCUGCUGUAGUGCUAUAAUAUUCUAUUACUUAUGUUGACGUGUCGCCAUGUUGAUGUGAUAAACUGAUAAUAUUUUCCGUA